UUCCUAAUCCAACUAACCGAAAACCAAACUCUCUCUCUCUCUCUCUCUCUCUUCUUGGAGGGAGUGCCGGAAUCAAGUCUCAGGGGAUCGGAGUAUCGCCGGAAUUAUACAAUUACGGUUGCUUCCGCCGUCUUCCCUGAAAGUCACUGCUGGUUGAAAUUCACGAGGCGUUCGUGUGAGAGGAAGGAGAAUUUGAACACCAAUUCACUUCUCUUUUUUUUUAUAGUUUUUUUUCUUCUCAAAAUUGGAAUUAUAUAUUCCCUGCUGGUUAUGAUUGGAUAGAAAGAAACAAAAAGGAAAGGAAGAUAAAAGAGAAGAAGAAUUUUCCUGCUCUCUCUCUCUCUCUCGUUUUCUCUGUCCUCCUUUGUUUCCUUCGGAAACGUGUAGCCAGGAGAAGAAGGUUUACGAGAUCCGUUUUAGUAAAUUUAGCUCUUUUUUUUUUUAAAUUUCUCUGGGAAAUUCGGUUCGAUUUCAUUUGGAGGAUUUCUAGAGAAGAAGCAGAAUUGUGCAAUUUGCUGCACAAUGCCGUCUGAUAUACUGGAACCCAGAGGUGUACCGACACCUUCCCAUUUUCAUGAAGACAUUCGCAUCACUCCAGAGAAACAGUUUGGGUUCAUGAAAACCAACACAAUACCUGAAGGUGGCGGGGAUAGAUUUUCAAGUCUACCAACUAGUUCUUGGACAUCUGACAGUUACCAGCUGUCGCAACAAUCAAGCUUGUCUGGGGCUCUUCCCUCUGUUAUUCCUAAUGGAAGAACAACUACAAGUGAUACUCACUGGGAGAGCAGUCUAUUUUCCAGCUCUCUCUCGGAAUUAUUUAGUAGGCAAUUACGGCUACCAAGAAGUGAUAAGUUAGCAUUUAUGUCUGCAAACCGUGAGGAAGAACCUUCCGAGUCUUUAGAAGAGAUGGAGGCGCACACUAUUGGAAGUCUUCUUCCAGAUGAGGAUGAUCUUUUUGCAGAAGUGGUCGGUGAGGUUGGCCAUAAGUCUCGUGCCAAUGUCGGAGAUGACUUGGAUGAUUGUGACCUGUUCAGCAGUGUUGGUGGCAUGGAAUUAGAUGGAGAUGUUUUUUCGUCUGUGGGUCAAAGAGACGGCAAGAGAGGCAGCACUGUUUCGGUUGUUGGUGAACCAUCUCGAGGAGAAGUUUUAUCCAGAAUACUUUUUGUUAGGAAUAUGGAUAGAAUUAUUGAAGAUUACGAGCUCAAGGUCCUUUUCGAGCAAUAUGGAGAUGUCCGGGCUCUUCAUACAGCGGGAAAAAGUCGUGGCUUUAUCAUGGUAUCAUAUUAUGAUCUUAGGGCUGCUCAGAAUGCGACGAGAGCACUCCACGGUAGGCUUUUAAGGGGAAGGAAGCUUGAUAUUCAGUAUCCUAUCCCAAAGGACAAUUCUAAAAAAGAGAACACCAGCGAAGGAGCCUUGUUGGUUAAUAACCUUGAUGCUUCUAUAUCCAGUGAAGAACUUCACAGAAUAUUCAGUUCAUAUGGAGAAAUCAGAGAGGUUCGUAAAAUGAUGCCUGAAAACUCACAGGUAUACAUAGAGUUUUUUGAUGUUCGAGCUGCACAGGCCGCUCUACGAGGACUAAAUGGGAUUGAGAUUGCGGGGAGGCAGCUUAAACUUGCGCCAACCUGUCCAGAGGGUACAAGUUUCACGCCACAGUUCGCUGCAGAUGAAGGUGAUGGUAGUCUACCUAAAACGGGCUUUAAUAAUCUAUCAUCUACACACAUAGGGAGACAUUUUCCAGGGAUAUUAGCUUCGACCUCCAUUGAUAAUGGAUCUAUGCGAGUUAUGCACAAUUCAGUCGGGUCCCCUGUGAACUCCUUCAUUGAACGUCAUCAGUGUCUCGAUGUUCCUAUUGGUUUUCCACCAUCGGCAAGAGCCAUCUCAGCUAGCAAGCCUGUUGGACUUCAGGAGCCCGGAAACUCUUUUGAUAACUCGAAAACAGGGAUCCAAAGCAUGCCAAAUCUUCAUCCUCAUUCUUUUCCUGAUUACCUCGACAACUUUGCAAGUGGUAGUCCAUAUAAAUCGUCUACGACGUUCUCUGAAAUGGCCAGUGAUGGCCAAAAAGCAAAUGAAGGCUUUAUGAUGAGCAAUGUUCGUGGUGUCGGGGUAGACGGGUUUAACGGAGGUGUCAUAGGAUCUCCUAUAAAUCAAGGGUCCCAUCGCUCUAACCUCAACUUAUGGAGCAACACUCAGCAGCAUAGUCCAUCAAGUGGCAUGAUAUGGCCUAACUCACCAUCUCGAGUCAACAGCAUUCCUUCUCAGCGCAUCCCACCCGUAACUGCAUUCUCUAGAGCAUCUCCUCUAAUGGUGAACAUGGCAUCAUCGCCUGUGCACCACCACAUUGGAUCUGCCCCGGUCUUACACUCGCCCUUUUGGGAUAGAAGACAGGCCUAUGCAGCUGAAUCUCCAGAAACUUCUGGAUUUCAGUUAGGCUCUCAUGGUAGCAUGGGAUUUCCUGGCUCUUCUCCCUCACAUCCAAUGGAAAUUGGUUCCCAUAAGGUUUUUUCGCAUGCUGGUGGGAAUCGCAUGGAUGCCAAUUCAAAAAAUGCUGUAUUACGAUCAUCACGACAGAUGCCUCACCUCUUUUCUGGAAGGAGCUCAAUGCUUUCAGUGCCAAGCUCAUUUGACUUGCCUAAUGAACGGUACAGGAAUCUAUCUCACAGAAGAAGCGAUUCUAGCUCUAGUAAUGCUGAAAAGAAACUGUAUGAGCUUGAUGUUGAUCGCAUACUACGCGGGGAGGACAGCAGAACAACAUUGAUGAUUAAAAACAUUCCCAAUAAGUAUACUUCUAAGAUGCUUCUAGCUGCCAUUGAUGAGUACUGUAAAGGAACAUAUGAUUUCCUUUAUUUGCCAAUUGACUUCAAGAACAAGUGCAAUGUGGGAUAUGCUUUCAUCAACCUUACCGAACCUGAAAAUAUUGUCCCGUUUUAUAAGGCAUUCAACGGUAAGAAAUGGGAAAAGUUCAACAGCGAGAAGGUGGCAUCUCUUGCAUAUGGUCGGAUUCAGGGAAAAUCAGCUCUCAUUGCCCAUUUUCAGAACUCAAGUUUGAUGAACGAAGACAAACGUUGUAGGCCUAUACUCUUCCACACUGCUGGUCCAAAUGCUGGUGAUCAGGAACCAUUUCCAAUGGGUUCGAACAUCCGGUCAAGACCAGGCAAGCCUCGAACAAGUAGCAUCGAGAACUACGCCAACUUUAGCAGCAGCUCUGAAAACCGAGAAGAGUCUCCAAAUGGGACGGACUCGAUCUAACCGGAUGAGCCAGACAGUUUUCAUGUCAUAAGCCAGACUAACCUUAGGCGUCUUCUGUCAGAGGUGAAAAGAAAAGAGACCCGAAAGAUUAACACAAGGUAAAAAUAUGUGUAUCGUUAACACCCCACAGCUCUGUAAAUCCUUGGGGUGGUAAAUUUUUACCUGGAGAAAACUCAUUUUGCAGUGGAGAAAGUUUUUUGAACUUGGUUCUCUAAGCUUGUUCAGGUUGCUUCACAAGUUUUGUUGUAUCAUCAAACCCCACCCCCAGAGAAAUCUUGCUGGCUUUUUUUUUUGUUUUUUGUUUUUGUUUUUUUUCUAAUAUUUAUUUAAAUAUUUUCCUUUUAUUUCAAAAAAAGUUUUGGGUAGUGUGUACAAGGAUCUUUCUUUGUACUUGCUUACAAAAAGUAACAAACCUAGUACGAUGUGUUCAGUUUCUUCUUCGCCAGUGUUUCGGGACCAUAUAGUCUUAUGUAAAACCCUUGGUGGCCGAGUUUUCGACUAUGCUAUCUUCUUUUGGUUUCUUCUA